GCAGGCGCAGGGAAGGAUCCGUUUUGGCGGGCGGUUGGCGUUGCGCAGAAGGCGGCAGCGGCGGUGGCUUGUGGUCUCACCACAGAAGAACAGGGGAGACGUUAGCGUGAGUGAUCGGUCUCGAUCCCGGGAACUCGGUGGCCUUAGUCCUUCAGGUGAAUCAGCGUGAGACAUGGGAAAGAAAACCAAGCGGACAGCUGACAGUUCUUCUUCAGAAGAUGAGGAGGAGUACGUUGUGGAGAAGGUGCUAGACAGGCGUGUGGUUAAGGGACAAGUGGAAUAUCUACUGAAGUGGAAAGGCUUUUCUGAGGAGCACAAUACUUGGGAACCUGAGAAAAACUUGGAUUGCCCUGAGCUAAUUUCUGAGUUUAUGAAAAAGUAUAAGAAGAUGAAGGAGGGUGAAAAUAACAAACCCAGGGAGAAAUCAGAAAGUAACAAGAGGAAAUCCAAUUUCUCAAACAGUGCUGAUGAUAUUAAGUCCAAAAAAAAGAGAGAGCAGAGCAAUGAUAUCGCUCGGGGCUUUGAGAGAGGACUGGAACCAGAAAAGAUCAUUGGGGCAACAGAUUCCUGUGGUGACUUAAUGUUCCUAAUGAAAUGGAAAGACACAGAUGAAGCAGACCUGGUUCUUGCAAAAGAAGCUAAUGUUAAAUGUCCACAAAUUGUGAUAGCAUUUUAUGAAGAGAGACUGACGUGGCAUGCAUAUCCUGAGGAUGCGGAAAACAAAGAGAAAGAAACAGCAAAGAGCUAAAGGAGGGGGUGGUCUCUGUCAUUUCUCUUUGUACAUAAUACAUUCAGCUCCCUGCCUCCUCUCCUUUCUACCCACCCCCUUCUAUCCUAAACACAUCCAUAAAAAAUGUGCUUAUCACUGUGCUCCACAGGAGAAAUGUUGGUAUUGGUUCUCUUGUAACAUAACUGAUGGUCUGAUUCAUGAUAAGUGUCUCUCUGUGAAGACCAGGCAUUUACAUACUGUGUGUAAUUCCCACCAUUUUUUCCUUUGCCCUGCUCUCUCCCUUCUGCUCCCCUGUGACCUCAAGAUGAAUUUUAACUUUUUAGUCACCUUAGAGUCUUGAUCUUUUCGGGGUUGGUUGCUUUUUAGGUGGGGGAUUUUGGUAUAAUGAUGUUGAAUUUUGGUUUCUUGCUUUGGCUCUUAGAACAUGUUGAUGACCAGCUAGCCUUUGUUUUGAGAUGUUGGGAUGGAAGAGAUGUUGCCCGUCUUUUAAAAAAGCCAAUAGCAACUGCCUACCUGUUGGGGCUUUCCCAACCUCAUUCAGCUCUACCCAGGAGAAUACAGGGUUCCUGAUGUGGUCUUCUGGGCCACCCUCUGUUGUUCAUCCUCACCAUCCUCCCAGAAGAGCGGCAUCCUUAGGAGGGCUUGAAAUUUUACAUUCAGAUUUGUCAAGGCACUCCUCCUAGCCCCAGGACUUUUGGCCUUAUUUCUUAGCAGUCCCUGAUUCGGCUUCUGCAAGUUGGUGAAGUCUGUUAUAAAAUGACAAGAUUAUUAACUGUGGAAAUUUGUAGCUAUUAGUACAUGAGGAUGAUGGGGUAGGAUACAAUUGUCUUUAUUAUCACAUUUGGUAUGUAUGUAUUAUUUCCUUCCAUCUCUCUCAUUUGGAUUAUAUAUUUAUGUAGGUGUGAGUGACUGCCUGGUGCUUGUGCCAAGGUGCUAGGCACCCUCCAACCCUGCCAACUUUUGUGGCCUCCCAAAGCAGUCGUGUUACCAAAGAGGCUUCAGACUUCUCAGUGGACCCCACUUUCCCCUCCAUGCCAUUAUUUUCAGUGGGGAAUUCUUGGAGGGGAGCCACUGGCCACAGUAUCAAUUUUAAAUAUUCAUAGCAUUUAUAAUCAUAAAUUCCUUGCUUUGUUGACUUACGGAUUUACCACCAAGAGUCCCCAAAGUGUUAAUGCCCUUCCCUUUUUCCACCCUCAAACUCUUUGGUUGUUGGAUCUUAUUUUUCCUUUUUAAUUUCUAUGGAAGACUAUCAACCUUCGAGAAUGACAUGCCCCCGGCGUCAGCGUGUUGAUACAGCCUCUCCCCAACUCAGCAAAAUAUUUCCUUUUUGGCUUCUUCCUGCUUUGCCAGUAUGUUGAGAGGUUAUUUUUCUGAUUAUAGCCUUCAGCCUUUGUUCCCCAAGAAACACCCUACUUCUCUUUUCCCUUUUUUUCUUGUAGUUAAAGGGGGCUAGAGAAUCAAGACUAAAAGUAAGGAAAUAGCAGGGUUUUGAGCAUCCUUGUCCCAGCCUGAAGCUGAGGAAAUAAGAAUAAAUGCUUGAAAUAGCCUUAACUCUAGAGUUCACCAGCCAUUGAGGUUGUUUUUGUGGUUGCUUUUUAUUUUUAAAACAUAGCUGUCUGGCCAGGAGCAUUCAACCAUCUCUAGAUUUUUCAGAGUAAUGAGGGGAAUGGAGAGAUUGCUCCAGUUCACAGAUGAGCCAAAUAAUAUGCAAAUCAUAUACCCAUUCAUAGCAUUUGUUAACAUUGCUUCCCUGCUCAGCUGCUGAUUGAAUUCUGUGUGCUUGUAUAAAUUAUGUCAAAGAUUAUACUGCACAGUUGAGAAGACAGCUGUUGCAGUGACAUGACAGACUGGAACAAUGAAGCUUUUGGUUUUAGCCAUCCAGGAAAAUCCUUCUGAAUAUGUGAUUGGGUGAGAACUCAUCACCCAUACCUCAGAUGGGUCGGAGUUUAAUCUCCAUCUUCCUUAACUAAAGGAAUUAAAGGCCUUGAUCAAGUGCUGGAUAAUUGACAGUUGUUAGUAGUUAAUCUGAUGGGCAUGUGAAAGAAAGGAUGGUCAGAAAAGAGGUCUUUCCUGCGAGUAACUAAGGAUAUCAAUUAGGAUGUGCUAGAACGGGACAAGAGGAGGCCAGAGCUGCUGAGGAGACCAUCUGGGUCUCCAUUUGCAGGUGGAGAAAAUGACAGCUCGUCCAUGUAGCUAGUGUGUGUCUCCAGGAGGAGUGGGCGUGUAAACAGAGUACAGUGGCCGUGUUUUUAGAGCGCAGAUCUAGGCCAUGGACGAAAACCAGCCGGAUUACUUGGUACUGAGAUUGGUCUUGAGGAACCUGGGACACAUGGUUGCCAGGGUUAUGGGUAAUGUUUAAGACAUUCAUCAAAAUCUGAUUUCUUUCAGCAAAAAAAAACCAGUAUUGUCUACUAUUCAUCACUGCUUUAAUACUUUAGUUUUCACUCCAUUCAUCUUUUUCUGUCCACAGUUAUUGAAAUCAAGGUCUUAUACUGUGUGCUGCCCAAACAAUGUGUUCUCUCCCUGCCUAACCACAGCCAGUUCUGUAGGAAUAGAGGGAGCCAGCCGCCAGCCUGUGCCUCCCGCAUUUGAUGGUGUCAAGUAGCUGUCCAGGCCCUUGGAGAAUUGCAGCCUCGAACAGAAACCUGCUUUCAUGGGGCUUUCUCCUCUCAGAAGAGUUAGUAGCCCUGGGCUAAGCACUCUUAAAUACCUAGGUCUCAAGUGCUCAAAGUGUGUUUUUCAUGUGUUAGUCCUCUUUCAAAACAUCUUCCUAAUGCUGAGUUUCUUCUUGUAAUCAGCAUUCAAGGAUUUCUCUUUCCACAGAAUGUAGGAGAGCUGCGAGCAGCAGAGUCUACCAAGUCAGCAUAGCUGCUUCUCUGAGCCCUGGGCUGGACAGAAGCCCUCACGUUAAGAUCAGCUGUUAGAGAAUGUCAGCCCUGAUGGAAGCACCCGUUCUUAACCUGGAGAGGGCCAUAUCGUUUUUCCUUCUACAGUCCAGUUUUUCUCUGCUCAGGAGAACAUUUGGACCUGUGGUGUUCUAACACUCGAAAGUCUGGAUGGUUCUUGGCAGUCCCUCAGCCAUAUAUCUGUACUACUUUUUGUUGUUGAAGAAAAGCUGGUCUUGUUCUUGGGCGGUUUUCAGUUAUUCUUAACUCUGUUCCUGUGCUAUAGCCUCCCUACAGUUCCAUUUCCUUAUCUUUAGGCCAAAUCCUGGGGCCUGCGGGAAAGUGCUUGUGAUUUUCAUCUUGUGAUUUGGUUGGAUCUGUGUUUAGCCCAGCUUACCUAAAGGUGCAGAGGGGUCAGAGGGAUCCAGCAAGUGAUUGUCUUUGCCCUUAGGGUUUGGAUUCUGGGGCCUAAAAUAAAUUCACGGUGACACAAGAACCUCAGGAAGGGUUAUGUCAUUAGACUGGAGAUGUGGAAAUGGUUUCUCACAAACGAGAUCAAAGGAAAAGCUCGUUUGGCACCCAUAAGUCCAUCCUUUUGGUUUAGUUUUUUAGAGUGAAGGUUAAGUGCUGAGAUGUGUACUAUUGUAAUCAGACCACCAAGCAAGCAUACCUGUCAGGGCAGAGAGAGGAAAGGUCUGAACCCAGUGUAUUUAUUUUUUUCCAUUUUGGCUCUACCACUAAUCAUAAAAGUUAGGUUUUUCAAAAAUUGAGGUGUUACCUGGCUUGCCCCUAAGAGCAUAUGCUCAGAAUUGGGGCCCCCACCCGCCCAGUUAGUCACAGUGGAUUUGUAUUGAGCUGUCCAGUUCCUGUCACAUUAGUGUACAUCAGCAUUUACUUCAUUCACUGGACAUUUUUUGGCCCUGGGGAUACGAAGUUCAAAAAGAUGCAGUCCCUGACCUCAGAGAAGCUUCAUACUGGUGCAUAGUGUAAUAAAUGUUACAGAUGGGCACAUAUUUUAUAUUUGGGGGCAGAGACCACUGGUUGGUGUAGCUUGUGGUUCUAGAGUAGUAGGGUGAUGGUUAGGUUCGUGUGGAGAAAAGAUCAGUGACCUUGGAUGAACCAAGGUAACUGGCCAUAGAUGAACUGCAAGGGCUUUUUAGCCCAGAAAGUAAUGAGAACAGGUUUAGUUAGAAAUGCUACUCCUGAGAGAGAACGACAGGUUACAUGGGGGUUGAGAACCCCUGGCUUUGGUCCCUAGGUUCUUUCCCGGAGUAUUUAAUAGUGUAGUUAAUCCUUGCUUGUGGAAAGCAUCAGCUGUGAUGCACAGCCAGUUUUGUGUUGUUACUUCAUCGUAGAUUCUGUAAAAUGUAUUCCUUGCAGAUCGAGAGUUGCUCACACCCUUUCAGUUUCUCACGCUUUUUGAAGGAAUUAACAUGAGGCUGACUUGGAGCCUAAAACAGGGACAUACUUUCCAAUGUGCUGAAAAGAAGGCUUGGGCCCAUCUGGUGACACUCUGUUCCGGACAGCGUAGUUUUAUUUCAUGCCGCAAAAUGGUGAUUUCUAAGCAGAUAUUGUGUCAAUUAUGCGGAAACCUCCCAGAAACACAUGUGACCUGGAGUUUUGGACUUAAUCCGUCUGGGGAGGUCCAGGGUGAGGCCGAUCCAUGCUAAGAGAGCCGUGCUAAGAAACAGUCUGACCUUAAGAAAUGUCCUAAUUCUGACCAUGUGACCACAGGGAAAAUGAUACUUUUCUCUCCCUGCAUAAUUGAGAGUUGGAUAAUUGAAAGUUGACUUAAAGGUGAAAGUUCUUUGGAUAGCUUCAUAAAAAUUCUAGUUUCUUUUCGCUUGUGCUGAGUUUCUUGAAUUUUAAACUACCUCAUCUUGUCUCUUUAGAGUUUCUUCAGCUUGUCGUUUGCCGCUUUAACAUCGUGCUUUACUCUGACUGUUUUCUCAGAUGGAGUAUUUCCUCUGUUGAGAGCAUGUUUUCUAGCCUUUCGUUCUGAUCCUCAUUUCACCCAGCAUCUCAUGUUGCUCCUCUGUCAGAGAAAUGUUUUAAGAUAGUUUAAAAUCUUGGUUCAUUGGAAUAAAGUGAUCCUCCUAUUUGUCUCUGAGGUCAGUAGGAGAAGGAGUUAAAACAAGGUGGUGGGAGGGGACAGACCCUGCACUGGAGGCAGCCAACAAGGGAAGAGCCAUUAAUUAAGACAAUUUCAAAGUCAACUGAUUGUGAUCAUUAAUGUCACAAUAGAUCAAAACCUAAUUAUCACAGCCUAGGUAAGAGCCAUCAGUAUUAAUCAGAAAAUCUAAUAGGAAACUAUUAUCAAGAAAUUAGGCCAAAUUGAACGCAAUGAACUUUUUAUCUUGUCAUUCUCUCCUCUCCUUUUUCUCUCUUUCUUUUUCAAUUUGGUGAUGUCCCCUGGCAUUGGUAAGUGUGACCCUCACAGCUGACCCAGGCCCCAGUGGCCAGCUUGUCAUGCUUUUUGAGGAAUUCUAAUGCAGACUGACCCUGAACUGUCACUGCUGCUUUAAUCAGUCUUGAAUUUGCGCAUCACCUGGACUUACCAGUGUGAUCAGCAGUCAAUGAGAAAAGGUUAUAUUUAGGUCUUACAGUGGUUGGUCCUUCCUGGAACUAGAGUGUCCCUGGUGAACGUGAUGCUGUGUGUGUUAACUCACUGUUUGAGCUUCUGAUGGGCGUAGGAUCCUGUUGCUCUGGCUACUGCAAGUGGGUAUGGAGGAAAAGGGGCGCUUCCUGCCUGGAGAUUCUUCAAAAAGACCUUGGAAGAGGUCAAGUGUCAUCAUAUCAUGGCACUUUUAAAGGUUCAAGUCAGUGUUUUGCAGUUUCCGGUAGCUUACGAUUUGAUCUAAACCAGGACUGGCUGUGGCUUUAGUUUAGUUUAUCCCCUAGUUUUAGGGUAACAGUCAUAGUGGUUUCCAUCAGAAUCCAGUAUAAAUCCAAAGGGGUUGGGGAUAUGUUUUUCUUUUGCCUUUUGUUAAAGAUUUAGGCCUCUGGCAGGAGGAAGGAAUAUUACAAAAGUCUCUGACUAGUUAAUAGAGAUCCCUUCAUACCACUUCAUACCCCCUCCCUAAAUGGAAAAAUGAGUGUCACCAUCUCUCUCCUUCGUCUUGAACUGAUGUGAAGAUACCACAACUCCUGAGGUUGAGCUGAGGCAGAAACGGUGGACAGCUGCCACCCCUGGGGGUCAUGGGGGAAGGACGAGUGGCAGCAGCGGGUUGGUGGCAGGGUUCCCAGGGGCGCCUGUAGAGAAGGUUGCCACUGCUGUUGCUGGCUUUUCCCCGCCAGCAUGGAGCUCAGAGCACUCCCCACCGCCACUGAGGAAGUGGUUCUUAGCUUUCUGCUUGAGUGUGGUCUUGCUUCAUUCUGAAUUUCAGGAUUUGGGUUACUCAGUAUAGAACUUUGAGAAAUCGGUGUGACUUGGUCCUUCACAUCUUAAUGGUAAACUGAGUAUUUCUUUAUAAAAGAAUUCAUGCCCUUAAUGUUUAAAAUGUAACUUUAUUUUCAAAACACCCAUUAACGCGUGAGUUUCAGAAGUAGUUUGUUUCUUCUCCAAGACUCCUUGGGUUACGCUGGAUGAAUAAUAGGCCAUCAGUUAAUACUUGUGGGUUGAUUGGGUUCAUCUGGUUGCAGAGUGAGUUCUACCUACCGACUUCUGCUCUCAGUGCUCCAGGGUGUGGAACAAUAAUUGAGUGGAUGCUGACUGUGUGUGCCAAGCUCCUCCACUGACUCAUAAUGGCUGACCUUGGGCAAGUCACUCCUUUCAAUGCCUCAGUUCCCCAUCUGUCAAAUGGGGGUAAUAAUACUGACCUACCUCACAGGGGUGUUGUGAGGCAUUGUAAAUCAUAGUUGACAGAAUCCUUUAGGGUCCUCGAUGGAGGAUGCCUUGAGCCGAAGUCUAGGUUUUUGUCCUCACUGAGUUGUCCCAAGGUUGGACCUACUUAGUGACCUCGGCAAGUUCUCUGGCCCCCACCCCUCAUCAAAGCUGCUAGUUCAGAUGUUGACAGUGUUUUCAUGAAUGUUGGAGUCUUAAUAGUCCAGACUUACUUAGGAUGUUACGGGAGAACGGCACUCAGUAUUUUCUGUCUUGCAUCCACAAAAAGAGGCUGUUUUGAGACUGAGAGCAUUGGAUUAAGGAGUCAAGGGUGCUACUGCUUGUUUCCCUGCAGGUUGGGAGUUAAGGUUUGGAACGUACUGGAGCUGUCUCAGGAGCAAAGUACACACCAUGGGCGUGUUUUAUGUUUCUCACUCCCUGAACUGAUCCCAGGACAGCUGGGUCACUUCACUUCUAGGUAUCUGUCCUUGAGCCUCUGCCUCCCCAUAGGAACCAGCUGGUUGAAUAAACAUAACUGCUUCCUCCAUCCCCCACCAAAAAAACAGCCACGGUGGAAAAUUUUUUUUUUCUAGGGACAUGAUUAACACUCAGAAUUGGGCCUUGAUACUCCUGAGAGCUUCAUCCAGUUCACCCUUUUCAGCAUCUGUCCUCUCUUUCUCAGUGUCCACAGUCUGAACCUGACUUUGACCUUUUUUCCCUCUGGUUUGGGAAAACUUUCGGACACUAGUUGCCCAGGUGUGGGCUCGAGAGCCUUACUCUCCAUCUCAGUUUAGGGGCUCAGCCGGCUCCUCUUCUUCCCAAUAGGGCUCUUUCUCUCUCUGUCCUUGGCCCUAGAUGUGUAACCCACGAAAAAGCACAAGGUCCUGGCCCCUUGCUGCAGUCACAUUCCAGUUCUUGGUCUUUUGUGGACUCCUGUUCUCAGCACCGGCAGCACCAGGCGGUUCUGGGGAGGCAUGGAGGGUGGAGAGAGCAUGUCUGCCAUCCUGCCAAGUAGUCAGGAGCUGGUUUGCCUACAGCCCACAGGCCUCCCCACCCCUUCCCACAGGGUGGGCUCUGAGAGACUCCAGGAGCUGGGUUUCUUUCAGCACUCAGUACCAUCGUGAGCAGCAAAACAAAUCACACUUUGUAGCCAGAUUUCUGAAUGGAAAAAUGGGAAAUUGAAUUCUCUACGGACCUUUUUGAUUUGUGGGGGAGUUUUGGUUGUGUUUCUUGGUUAUAUUUCAGCCAAACAUGUCUGCUUUUGAUUUUUUUUUUUUUUAGGAUAAGUGAUAUAUAUAUAUGUUCUCCUUUUAAAUGUAAAUGUUUCAAAGUAGGCAAUUUACGUGUUUCCAUACCUGACAUCUGAUGCAGACCUCAUUCUCUCCCCCCUUCCACCCACCCCCUUUCCCUCUUUUCAUACUCUUGUAUUGGUUCUAAUAAAUGGUUGCUUUUCAAGUA